GUUCAAUUUCCACGUUGUUCAAGCAAUUCGAUGUUCAUUUUGCAAAUCGAAAUAUAUAUAUAUAUAUAUAUGUAGUUCUAGCUUUUCCUAAUGCCCUGCAAUGGUGUUGAUUAUUCAAUAGUUGAUUCGCUUAACAUGUUCAAUCAGUGUUCAUUUUUCGUUGGAUUUAUGAUUCAAUGACGUAGAACUGAAACGUUUCUUUAUAUAUAUAUAUAUAUAUAAUAAAACAAAAAGAAAAGAGAAUGAUAAUGAUGAAUAUAUUUCAAUCAGUGGGGACUGGGGAGAGGGGCACUAUCUCAACGAAUCUGGUGCUUUAAUGGUGGACAUAGAUUCUGUCAUUUUCCUCCAAUCGGAACAGAAGCCGGGAGUACGACUGAAACUCAUUUCAUGUCCACAGAUUUUAGUUUUUCUUUUCUGCCCUGAUUAAUCUCCAUUUGGCGCCGCAGGAUAGGGGAUCGAUUUCAGCAUGAUUCUAGCGAAUUUUCAUUGAAACCAUUCUGGAAUAUCUUCCCCAUUGUUCUCUCAUCUCUCUGACUUUCAUUAUGCCGGAUUUGGCGCAAUUUAGGGUUUCUGUAGCGGUCCAACUUCUUCCUUGCUUCCAUCGUUAUCCGCCUAUUUCUCCUUGGCGCCCACAAGUGAACGGUCCAUGAUUAGCCUAGACUUGUCCUCAUCAAACACAUCAAGAUGUCACCCGCACUUGAAUACACCCGAGACCUAGACGAUAGACACCCAACCUACGUAAUUAAAGUUUUGACUAAACCCAACAAUAUCUUUUGUUGUUGGAUCCAUUAUUAUUGUUUUUUAUAAAAUAUUUUAACGAUUUUGUGUAUUCACAGGAUUGACCCUUCUCAUGUCCUUGAUUUUCGUACGACGGUGAUGCGUCUGAUGUGAAGUUUGAUUUAAUCUUCUUUUUACAAAUGAUAGAAAAGUCUUAUCUUAAUAAUGCCUCAUUUUUUUUUAUUUAGAAGAAAUAUUUCUUAGCCUUAGAAUUUAUCUAAAUUCACUUUCGUCUGACGAUUCGCUCACGCGUGAUCGUGGAGCGUGUCGUACAGAUCCGACCCCCUUUGGAUUCUAGUGCUCACAUGGGAGGCUAUAUGUGUCCACAUGUGGUCGGGGAAGAGGUCCCACGUUAACAGCUAAUGCGCGUGUCCAAAUUCUAAAACCACCCCAUCUUUGUUAUUCCUUGAGUUUGUCCGGUGAAUUUCGACAAAGAAUGGCUUAAAAUUUCCUACUAACUUUCUACACUGCCAUACGCAAAAUAGUAACUGUUGGGGCUUGUCGAAUAGAUAUAUAGUUACGGAGCGCGUACACGAGAACCUCGUCUGUGGGGUCUCGGGUAAUGGUAGUAAGCCACUAGGCCAGUCAUCUGAUGGUGGUCCCUACCACUUACAUAGGAGUGCUACAAAGAAGAAGUGAGAACUGCUAUAUCCACUUUUAUGGUUCGUUUCAUAGUAUCCAAAAAUCAUGGGCCAAUUCUUGCUGGAUGCAGCAAAUCAGUAGUGGAAAUAGGAAGUUUCUUGGACGCCUGAACUUCUUUUCUCUUUUGUCAAGUGAAAAUUUCGGAAGUUAUGGUUGCUAUGAAAUGGUUUGGUGUAGCUCUGGGGCCAGAUGCUGCAACAUGUGGGACGCCUGCUUGGAUUGGUAAGGGCCUUACUUGUGUUUGCUUCAAGCGGAAGGGAGCUUAUGAACGGAUCUGCAUUAACUUGACACCCCUACAGGAAGAAAGAUUGAAGAGAUUGAAGCACCGGAUGAAGGUUUACUUUGAUGGCUCUAGGCCCGAUCACCAGGAAGCCCUGAGAGCACUGUGGUCUGCUACAUACCCUGGACAGGAGCUCCAUGGCUUGAUAUCUGAUCAGUGGAAAGAAAUGGGAUGGCAGGGAAGGGAUCCAUCUACUGAUUUCAGAGGUGCUGGAUUCAUUUCUUUGGAGAACCUGUUAUUCUUUGCAAAGACAUUCUCGACAUCAUUUCAACGUUUAUUAAAAAAGCAGGGAGGAAAGCGAGCUGCAUGGGAGUAUCCAUUUGCCGUUGCUGGUGUAAAUAUCACAUUCAUGAUCAUGCAAAUGCUUGACCUUGAUGCGUCAAAACCUAGGACAUUUAUCCGAUCAGUUUUCUUACAGAUGUUAUCAGAAAAUGAAUGGGCAUUUGACUUGCUUUACUGCGUGGCUUUCAUGGUUAUGGACAAGCAAUGGCUGGAGAGAAAUGCCACGUACAUGGAGUUCAAUGAUGUUUUGAAAUCAACUCGGGCUCAGCUGGAGAGAGAACUUCUAAUGGAUGAUGUCCUACGGAUCGAAGACAUGCCUUCUUAUAGCCUUCUCUGUUAGCAAUAACCAACUAUAAAGUUCAAGCGGGAGUCCUCCAAUACCAGUUCAGUCCCAUGAUAUAUUUAUUUUAACUUUAAAAGUUGUACAAUCCCUCUUCCUGUCCCUUUCUUCUGGUAAUUGAAUCCAUAAGCUGGUCAUAUUGAUACAUGUUAGUUCCCCUUUGAUAGAUUCCACCAUUCCAACCAACUGUUAUAAAAUUGUUUU